AUGCAACAGUCAUAACUGCUCUGGCUUUCCUUCUCCUCCCACCUGUAUUUCUUGUAACAUGACAACUAACGGAACAAAUGGUCACCACUCUAUUUCUCGCCCAUUGAAGGCUGGCAUUUACGCUCCUAUUCCUUCUUUCUUCUUGCCCCAGUCCGAAGACCUUGACCUUCCUUCCUUCGAGAACCAUGUGGUCCGUGUUGCCAAAGCAGGCGUUGGCCUGGUCCUUUCCGGAUCAAUGGGAGAGGCCAUUAAUCUGUCGCAUAACGAACGGGCGACAUUGAUCAAGGUGGCUAGAAAGGCUCUGGAUAGCGCAGGUUUGCUCCAAGUUCCCAUUAUUUCUGGAAUUGGAGCUGGGAGCACGAGAGAGACCAUCGAGCUGUCCAGAGAAGCUGCAGACGCUGGAGCUGAUUAUGCGAUCGCAAUCACCAGUGGAUAUUUUGCUGGUGCAUUGGCUAACAAUAGAAAGGCUCUCAAGGCUUUCUUCCAGGAGGUGGGUGAGAAGAGCCCCAUACCUGUUAUAAUCUAUAACUAUCCUGGUGCGAGUGGGGGGAUUAAUCUGGACUCGGACCUUAUAGUCGAACUUGCUGUCGACUGCCCAAAUCUUGCUGGGGUGAAACUCACCUGUGGUGAUGUCGGGAAGCUCACGAGAAUUGCUGCCACGGUGUCUGACAGCUCCUUCUCGUCGCUGCAUCCACGGAAAAAUGCAGAUGCUCCCUUCCUCGUACUCGGUGGUUUCACCGACUUUAUACUGCCUUCAACGUUUGUGAACGGUCAUGGUGCUAUCACUGGCCUGGCAAAUGUUUCGCCGCAUGCCGCCGCGAAGCUAUUUGAGCUCAGCGUUGCAUCUCUCAAGGACCCUUCUCUCCUGCCAGAGGCUCAACGGCUGCAAGGUAUUAUCGCCCGCGCUGAUGCGACCGUCGCGAAGGCUUCGAUCUCUGGAACAAAGUACCUGUUAGAAAAGCUUUAUGGUUAUGGUGGUCGUCCAAGAAAGCCGCUACCUCCGAUAGAAUCCGGACCAGCCGAAGCUCUAUGGCAGCAUUCACACACCCAAGAUCUGGUGCAUCUGGAGCGGGAGCUCAGUGGGAAGGGCCAUUAGGCGACGCUGAGCAUCCGGUGAAUGGAGAAACACGGUUGAGUGAUUUUGUAUAUGCAUAACAUAUGGAUGAGAUGUACACGUAGGUUACUUCAUUGGCUUUGAUUUAUGUGCUAUAUAUAUUCUG